GAUAUUCAUGGAUAACAAUGUGAGAGAGCAAACCCACUCUUAUGUAAGAGCUUCAGACAUCAUUGGUAGGGAAAGUGAUAAAGAAAGCAUCGUACAGAUGCUCCUGAGCUUGGACAACUACAAUAAUGAUGAUCAUCUUGAUGUUAUUCCUAUAGUUGGGAUCGGAGGUCUUGGAAAAACUACUGUUGUCAAGUUGGCGUAUAAUGAUGAACGAGUGAUUCAAAGGUUCGGUCUUCGAAUGUGGGUUUCUUCUUUCUCUGAACAUUUCACUCUAGGCAAAACUGUUGAGAAAAUCCUGAAAUCUGCCACUGGUGAGAGCUUCGGGCAUCUUGAUAUGGACCAGAUGCAGCGUCGUCUGGCUGCUGUGUUGAAUGGCACGAGAUAUUUGCUUGUGUUGGAUGAUGUGUGGAACGUGGACCGGAUCAAGUGGAUGGAUUUGAGGGAGCUGCUGAUGAACUGCAGCUCAGGGAGUAAGAUCAUUGUCACGACUCGAAGCAAGGCUGUAGCUGUGGUUACGAGCACCAGAGACGCUUAUGAUCUGACUGGCCUCUCGGAUGGUGACUGCCUCUCUUUAUUUCUAAAAUGUGCUUUAAGAGAAGGUGGUGAUCAGCCUCCCAAUCUAGUGGCAAUUGGGAGGGAGAUCGUGGGGAAGUGUGGAGGAGUUCCACUUGCUGUCAAGACGUUGGGGAGCUUGCUCUAUUUGAAUAGAGACGAGGAUGAAUGGGUACGUAUCAGGAACAAUGACAUAUGGGAGAUUGAUCAGCAGCAAAGUGGCAUCCUGCCUAUUCUUAGGCUCAGUUAUGAGCAGUUGCCUUCCCAUUUGAGGCAGUGUUUCGCGUAUUGCUCCAUGUUGCCUAAGGGUGUCCAGAUUCCCAGAGAAAUGUUCAUCAACCUUUGGAUCGCUCAAGGCUUUGUGCACUCAGACAACGCAGAUAGGCAGGUUGAAGAUGUUGGGAAUCACUACUUCAAUGAGUUGCUGUCAAGAUUUUGCUUUCAAGAAGUGGUGGUGGCAUUUGAUGGGGAGAUCUUGGCUUGUAAGAUCCACAACCUCGUCCACGAUCUUGCACAGUCUGUAGCAGGGAUCGAGUAUGGCAAAAAAGCCGUUUCUGAUAGGGUUCGUCAUAUUUUUCUCCAAGAUGAAGAUCAUCAGCCAGGAAAAGAAGAGUCUAAAGCAUUGCUCGGAUUGAGAAAUGUGAGGUCUUUUAGGUGUGUGUUCAAGGUUAGGUCUCCUGAUAAGGCCUUUGUCCGCGCCAUUGCAACGAGCUUCAAACGCCUGCGCGUCUUGAUCUUGAUCUCACUGCAGCUCGAGGAGCUGCCUAGCUCUAUAGGCAACUUGAAGAGGCUAAGGUAUCUCGACCUCAGCCAGAACAGCAAUCUCACAUCUCUUCCAUCGUCGUUCUGCAAGCUGGUGAAUCUGCAGACGCUGAACCUCAUCAACUGCGAAAGCCUUCGAGAUCUGCCCAAAUAUCUCUUGCAUUUGAUCAACAUCAAAACUCUGUACCUAACUUGCCAGAAGCUGUCUUUGGGAAAGAAAAGUUACCAUCAGGGCUUGAAAACCUCACUUGUAUUCGUGUACUACAUAUAUAUGACUGCCCGAGAUUAGCUACUCUUCCAGAUAGCAUGAAGCAACUGGUUUCUCUAGAGAAGCUGUGGGUCUGGAACUGUGAAGAGCUCGAUUUUGGUGAGGGAGCCAGCGUUCAAGGGCUGACCAGCCUUGUGUCGUUGCUCUUGAUGGGGCUGCCCAAG